AUGGGAAACGUGCAGCCCACUAUUGUCCCCUUUGAGGACUUUGAUGUCACUGCUGAUAUCAAAGAGAUCAGGAAAGCCUGCAAAGGUUUGGGCACUGAUGAAGAAACCAUAAUUCAGAUCUUGGCCAAUCGCUCCUCGGCUCAGCGCAUGGAGAUUAAACAGGCUUACUUUGAGAAAUAUGAUGACGAGUUAGAGGAGGUGUUGAAGAAGGAGCUGACAGGGAGCUUUGAGAAGGCCAUAGUGGCCAUGUUGGACACUCCUCAUGUGUUCUUUGCCAAAGAGCUGAAGAAAUCCAUGAAGGGCGCUGGGACUGACGAGGCGGUGCUGGUGGAGAUCCUCUGCACUGCCACCAACGAGGAUAUCGUCCUCUACAAGGAGACGUAUGCUCAGGUUCAUGAGUGUGAGCUGGAGGCCGACAUAGAGGAUGACACCAGUGGAGACGUGAGGAAUCUGCUCAUGUCUCUGUUGCAGGCCAGCCGGGACGAGGGUUAUGAAGUGGACGAGGAGUUAGCCGAACAGGAUGCUACGGCUUUGUUUGAGGCAGGUGAGGGCAUGUGUGGCACAGACGAGUCCACCUUCAGCCACAUCCUGACGCACAGGAACUACAUGCAACUGCAGGCCACAUUCAAAGCCUACGAGUCUCUCUCUGGCACUGACAUAUUGGACACUAUUGACGCUGAGGCUGCUGGGACGCUCAAAGACUGCUACGUGACCCUGGUGAGAUGUGCAAAAAACCCACAACUCUACUUCGCCCGGCGCCUUAAUGCUGCGAUGAAAGGGCUGGGAACAGACGAAGACACCCUCAUCCGGAUUAUCAUUACACGCUCUGAGAUUGAUCUGCAGACAGUGAAGGACAUGUACUUGGAGAAAUACGACGUGACUCUCAAAGACGCUCUGGACUCUGAGUGCGGGGGAGACUUCAAGCGCCUCCUCAUUGAGAUUCUUCACUAA